CACAUCGGCUGUAACUCCUCAGCUGCCCACGGUACUAUCUGGAUGCAGGAGAUCCUUCCGUUGCUGCUUAAUGGAGGAGAUCUGACUCCAAUCCAGACUGUUGUAAACUGGGACCGGGUCCCAUGGCUGGAAGAGAAAAGAUUGGCUGAGGUUGCAGAUAAGCUGACAUCUCCACGUGCUCUGGUCACACAUUUUCCCUACAGCCUCAUGCCCCCUUCAUUCCACACCUCCAAAGCCAAGGCGAUCUAUGUGAUGAGGAACCCAAAGGACAUCUUGGUGUCUUCAUACUACUUCCAUCAGAUGGCGACCUUUCUCGAGGAUCCAGGGACUUUUGAUGAGUUCUUGGAGAAGUUCCUGGAAGGCAGAGUGCUGUUUGGGAAGUGGACAGACCAUGUGAAGAGCUGGAGGCGUGCAGAGCUGGGAGACAGAAUUAUGUUCAUCACUUAUGAAGAAAUGGUUCAGGACCUGCCUGCAGCUUUAAGGCGUAUGUCAGACUUCUUGUGCCGUAAUCUGAGUGACGAAGCCGUUCUGAAGAUAGCAGAGCAUUGUUCUUUUAAGACUAUGAAAGCCAACAGAAUGUCCAACUUCAGCCUGGUUCCCAAAGAGUAUAUGGACAAUGACAAGUCUCCUUUCUUGAGGAAAGGGAUUAGUGGAGACUGGAAAAACCACUUCAGUCCAGAGCAACUGGCCCGGUUCACAUCGGUCAUUUUCAAAGAGCUGGAGGGUGAGAACUUCUCUCUGCCCUGGAGCCUGGAUUGACCAGCAAAGAACAAAAAGGGCUGUAUGGAGAUAAAGUUCAGGCCUGUACAUAACAGUCAUUUACAACUGGAGUUAAAUUCUCAAAACAAACACAAGUCUGCAGAAUCCUGCUGAUGUGUGUUUAUGUAUUUUAUUAUCUGUCUUCAGCAGGAUUCUAGAAACCUGCGUUUAAGUUCUCAGGACUGACAAAAUGCUAAAUUUAUCAGAUACCAGGAUCUAAACAUUGCAAUCAGACUUUUAUCGUUGCCAAUAAAAUAAAUACUGCUAAAACACUGAUCAUUUGGAUCUCUCACAUCUGUAAAUCUGUUGUAGGUUUAUGCUGUAUGAUCAGUAAAACAUCAGUUUGUGCUAAUUGCUACAUGACUACUCUGUAAGUACUUUCAGAUCUUUUGGUCUUUUGAGAGUACAAUGUAUGAAACACAUGACAUACUUUAUAAGAUAUGCCUAAUAAACUGGACAAAUAUAAAUGAACUGUCAUUUUGUUACUGAGAGGCAUCACAAAGCGACACUUCAAUGCAAAAAAGUUCAAUUUAUUUACUCUUGAAGAGGAAAGAAGAUAUUAGAAAAUAAGCUUUUGAUCAAAUGCCACUGUCCUGUUAUGUUUUGUUGU